AUGGGUCUCCUCAAACUCUUGCUCAAAGCCAUUAUCAUCCCCAUCGUUAUUCUUAUUGUCAUCUCCGUGGUCGUGGUCUUCGCCAUCAAAAUGCGCCGAGACCGCAAGAAGAAAGAGAAAGAGCUCGAGAAUUCAUUCCAACCACCUCCGAUACAGCAGUGGGUGCCGUACACUCCAGUUCAACAGCCUGCCCCAGUUUAUGCCAAAACACCAGGGGCAAUGGAGCAGGGUAUUGGAAAUGGGCACACUUAA